GCUCCUGUUUCAGUGACGAUCUUUGUUGGCACUGCUGUCUGUUCUGCAUCUCUCCUCUGUGGCGAACAGCGAGCCGGAGCCGCUCCGCCUUCUCCUGGUUCUGAGCGGCGAUGAGGAGAGAUGAGACGCUGCAAUCCUAGAGGCCGCCAUGAGCAUGAAGAGCUUAGCAGGAGCCUUAGGGGAAUCCCUGGGCUCUAGCCUGACGGUGCGUAUGAGCGGCGGAUGGAGCGCUCUCCCCCUCAAACACGGACCCUCGCUUCGUCUCGGCUCCAUUUUCCAAACCAUGGUUCCGACGGGUUACGGCAAACUGCAGGAGGAUCGAUUAGCCAUGGUUGACCUGGGAGGAAAAGGCGACGCCAGCUCGCUUCAGAACGGCUACAGACAGGAAGCGCCUCACGCUGACGGCAGGCGCAUCCUGGAGCGCACCUCCCGGUCCUCCCUGACUCUGACCGACUGUGGAGACGGGGGCUGCUCCGAGGCGGAGCCCAUGCUGGCGGAGUGGAGGCUGUCCGGGGAGGACGCCAGCGACGAGCAGGAAGAGGAUGAGCAGGAAGCAGCGGGGCCCGGGGCGUCAAACAUGCCCAAAGAGUCGCCGCUGGCCAUGACUCUGCAGAUCGUGGUGCCUUUCCUCCUGGCUGGCUUUGGGACGGUGUCGGCCGGAAUGGUGCUGGAUAUUGUUCAGCACUGGGAUGCCUUCACCAAGAUCACUGAGAUCUUCAUCCUGGUUCCUGCUCUGCUGGGCCUGAAGGGGAACCUGGAGAUGACGCUGGCCUCCAGGCUCUCCACCGCCGUGAACGUUGGGAAGAUGGACUCGCCCAUCGAGAAGUGGAAUCUGAUCAUCGGGAAUCUGGCGCUGAAGCAGGUCCAGGCCACCGUGGUGGGAUUCCUGGCAGCCGUAGCGGCCGUAGUGCUGGGUUGGAUCCCAGAGGGGAAGUUCCAGAUGAGCCAUGCGGUCCUGCUGUGCUCCAGCAGCGUGGCCACGGCCUUCAUAGCCUCCAUGCUGCAGGGUAUCAUCAUGGUCGGGGUAAUUGUGGGUUCGAAAAAGACCGGCAUCAAUCCCGACAACGUGGCCACGCCCAUCGCGGCCAGCUUUGGUGACCUCAUAACCCUGGCCAUCCUGGCCUGGAUAAGCCAGGGCCUCUACAGCUGUCUGGACUCUCAUCCCUACGUGUCUUCUUUGGUGUGCGCCGCCUUCAUGUCUCUGACUCCUCUGUGGAUGGUCAUUUCCUCCAAGCACCCUGCCAGCCGCACGCUGCUGUACUCCGGCUGGGAGCCGGUCAUCACCGCCAUGGUCAUCAGCAGUAUCGGAGGCCUCAUUCUGGAUAAAACGUUGUCUAACCCCUCCAUGGCCGGCAUCGUGGUUUACACCCCAGUGGUCAGCGGUAUCGGUGGAAACCUGGUGGCCAUUCAGUCCAGCAGGAUCUCCACCCACCUGCAUUUCCACUGUGCUCCAGGAGAGGUCCCCGACGAGGCCAAGGGCUGCUACUUCCCCUGCCGUACCUUCUGCGGCUCAGGAGCCAAUCAUCGCUCGGCGCAGGUGCUGCUGCUCCUGGCGAUCCCCGGCCACCUGAUCUUCCUCUGCACCAUCCACCUGAUGAAGAGCGGCCACACCACCCUCACCCCCAUCUUCAUGUCCGUCUACCUGGCUGCCGCUCUGCUGCAGGUGCUGCUGCUGCUCUGCAUAGCAGACUGGAUGGUUCAUUCCAUGUGGCGCAGCGGCAAAGACCCCGACAGCUUCUCCAUCCCUUACCUGACCGCUCUGGGGGACCUGCUGGGAACCGCCCUGCUGGCGCUCAGCUUCUACUUCCUGUGGCUCAUCGGGGACCGCGACAGCGACGUGGGGGACUGAGCGGGAGGGCGGCGGCCGGAUGGACGGCGGCGCUUUGCUUCUGAUGAUUCAGAACUGAGUUCAGCCUUAUUUUCUAAUUAGCUUCAGUCUCCGAAUAAAAACUGGACUUUAUUGUUUACCUUUGCAGCCUUUUCUACCAAAGGGGUUUCACUUUACAAACUUUCUUCUCGUGGAGGUUGGACACGAAAAAAACGUUUUUCUGCCAUUUGCUUCCAUCGGCAGGUUGAACCUGGAUGAGCAGCAAACCUUAAAGCAGGAACCAGGAACUGAACCAAACCCAGAAUAGAAUCCAGGAACCCAGAACUGAACCAAACCCAGAAUAGAAUCCAGGAACCCAGAACUGAACCAAACCCAGAAUAG